CAAGGACCUGGAUUGGAUAAGAUACAUCAGUGUUCUGUUUUUCUGGGGCCCAAGUCUUUGGGCAUAGGCUAACCUCUUUGUAAGGUAAUUUCUCAAAGUAGCAGUGAUUCGGGAAGGUUCCUAGAAAAUAAACUUAGGCUGAGGUACAUAUGAAGUACUCUGUAAAGUAUUUCUGUGCAUGCUCCACCACACCCCCUGUCCCAUGUGCUAUUAAAACUAUUAAAUCUAGUGCCAGCAAGCUUAGAAGUGACCUCGCCAAAGGGAAAAGAUUUCAGAAGUAAAUUUUGACAGGAAUAUGGAAAGAUCUGGAGGAACAAAGUCCUGUAUUACUCUGGAUGAGAACUCGAUGGGACAUUGGAGGCUAAAGAAACCAUGAAACAUUAUUUCCCAUAGGCACAUCGACACACUUCAGCUCUCCGAAAUCUCUUCUAGGCCAUCAGCUCCCUCCCCUUUAUUCUGUGGGGGCCAAUUGUGUUGCCUAGUUCAGUACACUUCUCAGCGAUCAAAAGAGUUACUCAUUUCCACGUAGGUCAACGUGCUGGACAGGCGGCGAGCAGAAACUAUUUUAACCGCUUUAAAUCCCAGCGCUUGGGGGGUCCAUGGGAACAGAGCCUUUUGGCUGUACCUCACUCUUGUAAUUCUGAGCUGGAAGUUAGUUUCCCCGCUGGUCCCUGGGGCCUAUCUAAUGCCAAUUGUAGUACCUUGGGGGCGUGGCUACCGUCUAGUUGGGGCUCUGGGAAGUGCAUUUCUCUGGGGGUGACCAGGCCUGAUAAUACCAUAAAAGGCUUGAUUUUCUCAAUUCUGAAGCCGCGUUCUGCAGACCUUCUUCUAGGAACAAUACCCACGACUGCUUGGUGGUGAAUCCGUGGUUCUUGGGUCCCUGCCCUUUACUUCCUGGGCUGUUUCGUUGCCCCGCCCCCACAAGCCGUAGCCGUCCACUCUAGAAACGCCCUCAUGCGUACAGACCGCACCCCCUGCCUCGGCUCCUCCUACCCAGCCCAAAGCUGAGCCCUGGCGGUAGUUCGCGUUUUGAGCCGCUCGUGCCACCAUAGCUUCUGCUGCCGCUGCCCCGGUGGAGCUGAAAUCGCUGAGCGCGAUGCCUGAGGGCGCUGUGAGCCGGGCGGCCCCGGCGCCCGGGGGCUGGUCAGUGAGAGGGCAUACUGGAAGGCCUCGUGGAGUGGGAAAGCAGUGCUGCUGUUGAGACUAGUCCCAGGAUUGGGCCCAAGAACUGACCCCCGGGCGCCACAUCAUGAUGGCUGUCGAAGGGUCAACCAUUACCAGCCGGAUCAAGAACCUUCUGCGAUCCCCGUCCAUCAAAUUACGCAGGAGUAAGGCAGGAAACCGGCGAGAGGACCUCAGCUCCAAGGUGACCUUGGAGAAGGUGCUUGGAAUAACCGUGUCUGGAGGCAGAGGACUUGCUUGUGACCCCCGAUCGGGCUUAGUUGCCUACCCAGCUGGGUGCGUAGUCGUGCUGUUCAAUCCCCGGAAGCACAAACAGCACCACAUCCUCAACAGUUCCAGGAAAACCAUCACCGCCCUUGCCUUCUCCCCGGAUGGCAAGUACUUGGUCACUGGAGAGAGUGGGCACAUGCCUGCCGUGCGGGUCUGGGACGUGGCUGAGCAUAGCCAGGUGGCAGAGCUGCAGGAGCAUAAGUAUGGUGUGGCUUGUGUGGCCUUCUCCCCCAGCGCCAAGUACAUAGUCUCUGUGGGCUACCAGCAUGACAUGAUCGUCAACGUCUGGGCCUGGAAGAAAAACAUCGUGGUGGCCUCCAAUAAAGUGUCCAGUCGGGUCACAGCAGUUUCCUUCUCCGAGGACUGCAGCUACUUUGUCACUGCUGGCAACAGGCACAUCAAAUUCUGGUACCUUGAUGACAGCAAGACCUCAAAGGUGAACGCCACUGUGCCCCUGCUGGGCCGCUCGGGGCUGCUGGGGGAGCUCCGGAACAACCUGUUCACUGAUGUGGCCUGUGGCCGAGGCAAGAAGGCAGAUAGCACCUUCUGCAUCACAUCCUCGGGGCUGCUGUGCGAGUUCAGUGACCGGAGGCUUUUGGAUAAGUGGGUGGAGCUGAGAAACACAGACAGCUUCACAACCACUGUGGCCCACUGCAUCUCUGUGAGCCAAGACUACAUCUUCUGUGGCUGCGCUGAUGGAACCGUGCGCCUCUUCAACCCCUCCAACCUGCACUUCCUCAGCACCCUGCCCCGGCCCCACGCGCUGGGGACAGACAUUGCCAGUGUCACGGAGGCCAGUCGCCUCUUCUCUGGAGUGGCCAAUGCCAGGUAUCCAGACACCAUUGCGCUGACCUUUGAUCCUACUAAUCAGUGGCUGUCCUGUGUAUACAACGACCACAGCAUUUAUGUUUGGGAUGUAAGGGACCCCAAGAAAGUGGGCAAAGUGUACUCAGCACUGUAUCAUUCCUCCUGCGUCUGGAGUGUGGAGGUCUACCCCGAAGUGAAGGACAGUAACCAGGCCUGCCUGCCCCCCAGUUCCUUUAUCACCUGUUCCUCUGACAACACCAUCCGCCUGUGGAACAUAGAGAGCUCUGGGGUGCAUGGCUCCACCCUGCACCGAAACAUCCUCAGCAAUGACCUCAUUAAGAUCAUCUAUGUGGAUGGGAACACUCAGGCCCUGGUGGACACUGAGCUGCCCGGGGGAGACAAAGCUGAUGGGUCCCUGAUGGAUCCCCGCGUGGGCAUUCGUUCUGUGUGUGUCAGCCCCAAUGGACAGCAUCUAGCUUCCGGGGAUCGUGUGGGCACACUCAGGGUGCACGAACUGCAGUCCCUAAAUGAGAUGCUGAAAGUGGAGGCCCAUGACUCAGAAAUUCUAUGUCUGGAGUACUCUAAGCCAGACACAGGUCUGAAACUGCUGGCAUCAGCGAGUCGGGAUCGGCUGAUCCAUGUGUUGGACGCUGGACGGGAGUACAGCCUCCAGCAGACGUUGGAUGAGCACUCAUCAUCCAUCACCGCUGUCAAGUUUGCAGCCAGCGAUGGGCAAGUCCGCAUGAUCAGCUGUGGAGCAGACAAGAGCAUCUACUUCCGCACUGCUCAGAAGUCUGGAGAUGGAGUGCAGUUUACUCGGACACACCACGUGGUACGGAAGACGACCCUCUAUGACAUGGAUGUGGAGCCCAGCUGGAAGUACACGGCCAUCGGCUGCCAGGAUCGAAAUAUCCGGAUCUUUAACAUCAGCAGUGGGAAGCAGAAGAAGCUGUUUAAAGGGUCGCAGGGUGAGGAUGGCACUCUGAUUAAGGUGCAGACAGACCCCUCAGGGAUCUACAUUGCCACCAGCUGUUCGGACAAGAACCUCUCCAUCUUUGACUUCUCCUCAGGCGAGUGCGUGGCUACCAUGUUUGGCCACUCAGAGAUUGUCACUGGCAUGAAGUUUAGUAAUGACUGCAAACAUCUCAUCUCUGUGUCAGGGGACAGCUGCAUAUUUGUGUGGCGCCUGAGCUCAGAGAUGACCAUCAGUAUGAGGCAGCGUCUGGCCGAGCUGCGCCAGCGUCAGCGAGGGGCCAAGCAGCAAGGACCCUCCUCUCCUCAGAGGGCCGCUGGACCCCACCGACCCAGGCACAAGGCCCCAUCGGUGCUCUCUCCCGGACCAACUCUCUCAUCAGACAGUGACAAGGAGGGAGAAGACGAGGGCACCGAAGAAGAAGAACUUCCAGCUCUGCCCAUCCUUGCCAAGGGCACCAGGAAAGAGCCAGCCUUGGUGCCCAGUCCAGCCUUGCCCCGAAGCCUGUCCCACUGGGAGAUGAGUGGGUGAGCACAGGAAACGGAGGAGUUCCUAGACCCAGCUCCCGCAGCCAACCAAGGACCCAGGAGAAGGGGGCGCUGGGCUCAGCCAGGUGUGGAGCUGAGUGUUCGCUCCAUGCUGGACCUGCGGCAGCUGGAAACUCUGGUCCCAAAUCCUCGGGGCCCUAGCCAGGACUCUGUGGCCGUGACCCCUCCUGGUCUUGGGAACAAUGGUCAGCAGGCCCCUGAGAGCUCACGUGCUAGUCAGGAUGAAAAGCCCCCUCGCCCUCAGGCUUCCCAACCCUGUUCCUGCCCCCACAUUAUCCAGUUGCUAUCCCAAGAGGAAGGGGUCUUUGCUCAAGAUCUGGAGCCUGCACCCAUGGAAGAUGGUAUUGUCUACCCGGAGCCAAGUGACAGCCCCACCUUGGAUACCAGUGAGUUCCAGGUGCAGGCACCAGUCCGCGGGGCCCUGGGAAGAGUGUACCCAGGCAGCAGGGCCUCAGAGAAGCACAGCCCUGACAGCGCCUGCUCUGUGGACUUCAGCAGCAGUCGCCUUUCCAGCCCUGAGCAUCCCACGGAAGACUCUGAGAGCACUGAGCCCCUGAGUGUGGAUGGCAUUUCCUCAGACCUUGAAGAGCCAGCCGAGGGUGAUGAGGAAGAGGAGGAAGAGGAGGGAGGCCCUGGCCCCUAUGGGCUGCAGGAAGGCAGUCCUCGGACCCCCGACCAGGAGCAGUUUCUAAAACAGCACUUUGAGACGCUGGCCAAUGGGGCUGCUCCAGGGGGCCCAGUCCGGGUAGCAGAGCGGACAGAGUCUCGGAGCAUCUCUUCCCGAUUCUUGUUGCAAGUGCAGACCCCCCCACUCAGGGAACUGUCCCCACCUUCCUCAAGCCUGGCACAGACGUUGAGACCAGUGCAGGUGCCCCGGACUCCUGAUGAGCAGCGAAGAGGCAAUGGUGCCAGUCCUCCAGGAGCACCCCCAGAGGCAGGGCCAUCACCUGGGAACCCCGGCCUGCAGCAGGCAGCCCCUGUGCUCUUGCCACGCCGCCGCCUCAACCUGGACAGUAGCUGGGCCCCCAAGAGGGUGGCCACAACCACCUCCUCAGGGGGCCUCCAGAAAGCCCAGUCCGUGCAAAGUCUGGUGCCACAGGAUGAAGCCCCUCCACCAGGCCCAUGGCUCUUACAGGAGAUGGAGGCCCAGGGGCGCCUGCGCUCCCUGCCCCACACUGAUGGCCGUUUGUCUCGGCCCCGCUCCUACCAGAACCCCACCACCAGUUCCAUGGCCAAGAUAUCCCGCAGCAUCUCCGUUGGGGAGAACCUCAGCCUGGCUGCCGAACCUCAAGCUCCUGCCCCAGUCCGAGUCUCCGCAGUUAGCAAGCUGUCCCUGCCCAGCCGGGCUCACCUGGUCCUGGAUAUCCCAAAGCCACUGCCUGAUCGUCCUACCCUGGCCACAUUCUCACCUGUUACCAAGGGCCGGGCCCCUGGUGAGGCAGAACAGCCUGGCUCCCCAGUGGGCCUGGGAAAGACUCACAGUACAUCUGAGAGGCAGGCCUGUUUGGGGGAGGGUGCAACUCCCAAGCCUAGGACCGAGUGCCCGGCUCAGCCGGGGCCCAACAGUCCCCGUGCCCAGCAAUUGCCGGUCAGCAGCCUCCUCCGAGGCCCUGAGAACUUUCAGCCCCCACCCCCUGAGAAGACUCCCAGCCCCAUGGAAUGCACCAGGCCAGGGGCAGCCCUGAGCUGGGACUCAGAACCAGCAGUGAGCCUGGAGCAGUGCGAACAGCUGGUGGCAGAGCUCCAGGGCAGCGUGCACCAGGCCGUGCGGCUCUACCACUUGGUGGCCAGCUGCAAGACACCCUCUGCGGAGCAAAGUCGCAUGACCCAGCUCCUGAGAAACACCUUCUCUUCAGUGCGGCAAGAGCUAGAAGGCCUGGCUGGGGCAGUGAUGUCCAGCCCGGCCGGAAGCCCUGGGGCCGUGGGGGCUGAGCAGACACAGGCCCUGCUCGAGCAAUACUCAGAGCUGCUGCUUCGAGCCGUGGAACGGCGCAUGGAACGCAGACUCUGAGGUCCAGAAGCCUGUCUCAAGUGAAUGCUCCCCCUAUUUGAUGUAGCCUCUCUUCCACUCCAUCAAAACUUGUGGGGAUGCUUGGAGUGGAGAGCAGGGAUCAGUGCUCAGAGAGGAAGCAGCUCUCCCAGCUGCUCCUCGUGGGGCCCUUGUAUUUAUUAAUUUAUUUCCCUGACUGUUGCCUCACUUUCUUGGAACUCCUGCCUCCACAGCCCCGCCAGUGGCUCAUGCAGGGGUAGGUCUUGGAUCUUUGUCAUCUUGGUGCUGUGAGGAGUAGGAGGGCAGCCUGCCCCCUCUGGGGGAAAUCAGGAAAGGCUGGCCCUCUCUUCUUAGAAGCCAUUUGAAAUUACUGCAGGGAUCAGCUCCCUGGGGUGGAGCACACACAGGGUAUUCAGUGGGGUAGAGGUGCGAAGUCGUCUGGUAUCCGUGCCCUUUAGCCAACAGCGGAGCGUCACCUCUACCUCCACUCCCCCCCACACCAGCUGCACUCCCCUGGCUGCCAGGGUGGGGGUUAUCUGUUUUCCCCACCUCCUAGCAGUUCAGAAAGGCGAGUCCUCUGGCCCUCCGGGGCACCAGAGCUCCCAGCCAUCAGGAGGCUUGAGUUGGUAUCAAGGCCUGAGCCCCCACAUUCCACUCCCAUUCCCCCUACAGAGGGUCUUAGCAUUGUCUCUUCCGGUGCCCCCUUUCUCCUGGCCGGAACUUGUGAUGCCAGCUAUGGGACAUUGCUGCAGGACAGUAAAGCCCUCUGCUGGGCAAACAAGAAGCCCUGGCCUACCUUUCCUCAGCCCCUUGGCCUUCCCUGGCCUCCAGCCCUGGUCCCCAGCAGGCUGCUGGAGCCGAGGCCACCUUCUCCCCAUGUCCUGAGUGAUGCUUAGUCAGAAGUCUGUGUUGGAAUGUCCCUUAUGGUUUACAGGGCACUGGCCCACCUUCUAAAGACCUUGGCCACAGGUGAAGUAACACACACACACAUUGAAUGUUCACUGUUAGAGCACUUGGCUGGCUGAUGUGCACCUGGUUUCCUCUCAUGUCCUGCCCUAGCUUCACCAUCCUGUCUCUUAUCAAAGAACAUGAAAAGGGAUGGAACACACUGAGUUGCAUCCCUUUUCAUGGAAGCCUGAAUUUUGGAUUCUUGGUGUCCACAGCCUAGCUGAUGUGAGAUGGCCCAUAGAGUGUCUGGCUUGGGUAGAAGGAGCCUCCCCAAAGACAGCAGUGGGUGCUAGAUACUGGAGGUUGAGGAGAGGGAGGCACAUGGGACUGCAGCAAGGGCCAAGAGACACACUGGAAAGGUGGUAGGUGGGACAGGUAAGUGGUAGAGGUGAGGGGAUAGAUUAGAAUUAGAAGGGCAGAUUUGGGGUGUAGGGGAAGGAGAUAGGGCACAGUGGGCAAGUAGAUAGAGUAGGACCAGGUGGUGAAGCAGUUGUUGAAGAGUUGGGGUGAAGAACAUGUGUCUCUGGGCCCAACUGCUUCCCUCUGCUUCCGGUAAGUCAGGGUAGCUCUACUGCAGCUCCAGGCCCCAAAAGCCCAUUAUCCCCACGGACUGGCCUUUGGGCCUUGCUGGCUCUAGAGGUGGAGGCUUAGAAUGAAAUUGGAUUCUGAAGCAUGCACAGCUCUGUUUCUGUCAGGCUGCGUGCACCUGAACAGGUGAAAGCUGUUUCACCCUCACUAUUCUCUACUACCACCACUUGCAUGGCCAAGCUGCAAAGAACUGGCCUGAGAAUGCUCACUAAGCUGAGGGUGGAUCCCGGGCAGGGCUGCAGCUCCCUUGUCAGAGUUAGAAACCCACUCCUACUGUACCCCUAACCUGCACACCAGCCGCCCACUCCAAGUGGGGAUCUGAGCUGGGUUUUUCGCCAUCCAGUCUCUUUCACGAGGAAGGAACUACACUCCUGCCAAGGUUUGUGAGGAGGUGGCCGCCCUUUCCCUACCCACAGCCCGGCGCCGGGGGCGUGGGGGUGGGGUCUUGUGGCCGGCGCUCAUCCCCUUCUGCAUGUGUGAGGCUACCGGCAGCUGUCACUGCCCCCGUUCAGAUUUGCCCUGACCCAGUUUCGAAAGCCCCUUAUUUAUAACUUUUAUACUUUGUCCAGGCCGUGGCGCUUCCCUCCUCCCCAGGUCUCAAGGGGCAGAGGCUAUUUUUAACAUGUCCGUUUGUAUUGAUGUAUGAACUCAUCAAUAAACACAAUCAUUUGCUAA